GUGGCACCUCACAGCAGUCUGUAAGUCCAGCUCCAGCGGAUGUGUCACCCUUUGCUGGCCUCUCAGGGUACCAUGAACGCAUGUGGAGCUCAGACUUACAGGCGAAACACCCAUACACAUGAAAAACCAAAACCUUAAGAACUCUUUCACAGGCACUAUCCUCGCACUCCAUCCUACUAACCCUUCAGAAGAGACCUUCUUUCUCUUAGUUGUCAUGAGAAACAUUUUCAAAGUCAGAUUUGGGGAACCACUUCCACUUUUUAAUAUUGGUGGACUAAGGAGGGAAAUGUGAUUGGGAAAGGACGAUUUUUUUUUUCUGGUUUUUUUUUUCCCCCUCGGGACAUUAGCCUGUUCUGACGCGAGGCAGGUGGCCAACAUUGAGGCGUUGAAUGAAACCAUUGGAUACAUUCUGUUGGCGUUAGAGUUGCUUGUGAAACAGAAAGGAAGCCCAAGCACUUCCCUGAUGGACACAAGCCGGUGGUCUCAGUUCUUUGGGAAAUCCGAGGUUAGGUCGCUGCCGGAAGUUACUCAGUCCAAGGCAGCAACAAGCAGCCGGACGGAGUUUUCUCCCAGUUCCCCGACUUUGGGCUGAAGGAGUCAAGUUAAAGAAGGAUUAAUUAGCAUUACAUUCCCAGGAAGGAAAAGAAAAAGAAGGAAAAAGAAGUCUCUCGGGAAACGAAUGUACGCUCUUUCAAAAACGCUUCUGCCCUAAAGCGGAGGAUCUAGACUUCUACAUUUCUUUCUGGUUAAAACUCCGUUUACAUCAAUCCCCUGGGCGACCAACGCGCUUCUGGAAAUGGCCCCUCCCAGGACCCGUGGGCGUGACGUCAUCGUGGCGCGACGACGAGCCCUAGGCUCCAGCUCCGCGGCUCAGUUCCUUCGCCCGGCGGUGCUGCCAUCGCCUCUGACCCCCUGCUCUCGCGAUGGACAACCUCGGGGAGUCGCCCACGGACAAAGGCGGGGAGCCAGGGGAGUCAGAGGAGACGAGGGCUACUCCUGGGGCUCCGGUGGCCGCCGACACUGAGGGAAUCCCGGAGGAAGCCGACAGGGAUGGAGACGCGGACUUGAAAGAAGCGGCGGCGGAGGAAAGCGAGCUCAAGAGUCAGGGUGUCUCAGCCUUAACAGCAGCCCAGAGGGAAGACUCGUCCCUACUCACUCCUGCAGCCAAAAAGCCGAAACUAGACACCAAGGACAAGAAGGAGAAGAAGCAGAAGGUGGACGAAGAUGAGAUUCAGAAGAUGCAAAUCCUGGUCUCUUCUUUUUCUGAGGAGCAGCUGAACCGUUAUGAGAUGUAUCGCAGGUCAGCUUUCCCCAAGGCGGCCAUUAAAAGGCUGAUCCAGUCCAUCACUGGCACCUCUGUGUCUCAGAAUGUUGUGAUUGCCAUGUCUGGCAUUUCUAAAGUUUUUGUCGGGGAGGUGGUGGAAGAAGCCCUGGACGUGUGUGAGAAAUGGGGAGAAACGCCACCCCUGCAGCCCAAGCACAUGAGGGAGGCCGUCCGGAGGUUGAAGUCCAAGGGGCAAAUCCCCAACUCAAAGCACAAGAAAAUCACCUUCUUCUAAAUCAAAGGGAGACUGUUCCAGACUUCUCAGAGGCGGGCUUCUGUCCUGGGGCUUUGGUGGUGGUGCUCCCAGGACACAGGAUGCCUAUGUUAAUGUUUCGGUCACACCUACCAGGCAUGCAGUGUGACACAGACUUGCCUUCUCUCGGGCAUGGAUUGUCCUCAGGCAUGUUGAAGAAGUUCACUGACUCUUGGCGAGUUUGAAGAAAAAACAUACAGGGGCCUUUAGUAUCUUCUGGAGAAGGAGAUGGUUUCAGAGAAAAACAGGACAACUCAUGGCUUCAUAUUGAAGCCUAAAGUUGUUAAGAUUCACAUUGUUUCUGGCUCUGGUUUUCAAAACAUGAACCUGCGAUUAUCUGCGGUGAAGUCACCAGAACAUGCUUCUCACCAUUAACAUUUCAGGUUCUCCUGUGGAUUUUGUGAGGGAUCAUUAAACUUUUCCACCUUGUAUGGGAAAGUUUAUUUUAUUUUGUUGCAGACAAAACUCGUUCUAUGUUGAAAUAAAACUUGGCUUUCUUUUAUUGUUUUUC